AUGACUUCACUGACACCUGAUAACCGGAACGAUGGAGUCGGUGCUGGCGGUUCUGCACCUCCAGCGCUGACGGCUGGACAGCUGCUGCUGCUGAGGCGUCUGUUUGCUACAGGCGGACCAGGCACCAUCGAUAGUUCCAGCGGUCCAUCGGUGUCGACCUCCCAGGGCAGCGACUCGGCUCCGGACGCGGCUCGGGUCGGGAGCCUGCCGUCUCGUGGGAGGUCGGUGCCCUCUGGAGCGGUCCGGCCGGCGGUCACCACUCAGAUAUCGGUGUCCCGCUGCACCUCGCCGAGGUCACGACCGGCCAGCGCGAGCGGGUCCGGAGGCGACAGCCCUCCAGCGCGCCACCUGUCCGGGGCGGCCCUCCUCCCGGCCGGACCUGGAGCCAUCGCCAGCCGUCUCACCAGCCGCCCCACCAGCCGUCCCACCAGCCGUCCCUGCAGUCGUCCCGGCAGCCGCCCCGUCAGCCGCCCCACAAGUCGUCCCACCAGCCGUCCCACAAGUCGUCCCACAAGCCGCCCAGCCAGCCGUUCCACUAGUCGUCCCAGCAGUCGUCCCACUAGCCGUCCCACCAGCCGUCCCACUAGCCGGCCCGCCAGUCGGUCCAGCCGUCCCACCAGCCGUUCCACCAGUCGUCCCACAAGUCGGUCCUCCAGUGCAUCACCUCGAUCAGAGCGUCCAGUGAAUUCACCACGAUCUCUGAUCGGUGCCUCUCUCUUCGAAUUGUCCUCCAACCGACGUAGUGCUCACGGCGGCGGCAGAGGCAGCCGCCAGAAGGAACCUUCCUCCAGACAGCGAACUGCGGCGGAGGAGAGAACUCCCUCGCUCAUCAGCGGUAUACCUUUCUCCGAGCUCGAUAUUGGGGUUCAGAAGAAGAGGAGACAGGCUGGUCUGCCCCGCCUGGCUGGCCGAGGCUGGCCGCGGAGUCUGCUGAGUGGCUUGUCGGGCGGAGGUCGCUCAGGGCCGGGCCAGAGGCGGCGCCCAGGGUCGGGUAAGAGGCGGAGCCCGGUGCCGGAUCCGCCCUCCGACAGCACUCUGAGCAGCCAGUACGACCGGCCGGUGGGCCGACACGAGUUCACCGAGUACGUGCAGACGCACCUGCCGGCGCUGGCGCGACCGGACCUGUUUGACAUGGUCGACGUCUCCGGGAGAGGCCGCGUCAGCUGGCUGGACAUGCUGGACUACCUGCUGGUAUACACGUGUCCCCAGAAGGAGCCGCUGGAGGCGCCUUUCAAAGACGACAUGGUCACUAAGCUUCUAAAGGAGAAUAGGAGGGCGACCACGGUACGUCUGCUGGUGGUAACGGAGCCGGUGCACACCUACCUCUCGGUCACAGUCAGCGGCGCAGUGGCCAUGUAUGACGCCCAGCUGGAGUUCCAGCGCGGCUACCAGCUGCCCCUCGGCGCCACAGGCGCACGCUCCGCCGGUUCGAGUCCGUGUGUCCGUGUGACUGACGCCGCUCACAUGGCCAACUCGAUGCACUUUGUCUUCUCCACCUCCGACCGGUCGCUGCACUUCUACGACGCUUCAGCUACGGUGCACCUACCAGAGUAUCAGCUGACCGGCCUGCCUGAUGCCGUCACCUGCAUGGUGGCCCACCACGACUCCGACCGGGAGGAAGCGCCAUCUUUACUCAUCCUUGGUGACGACGGUGGCGACAUCUAUAUCUUGCGCUUUCUCAGGCCAACUUCGUCGCUAUUCAAAAAACUGGUGAUCGACCGAAAGCAGGUUAUGGUUUGGCAGGAGAUGUCCGAACACUCGGGCCACGUGCAGCUGGUGACACUGAGGUCACGACACACCAGUCCUGUGACCUCGAUCGGCUUCUGCGCCAAAAACCAGACCGUCAUCUCGUCAGCGGAGGACGAUGCCUCCUCCGUCAUCAUGCAGCAGCUCAACUCCCGGUGGAAGGACUACGUGUUCGCCGUUCCCAAGGGUGUGCGCGUGCUGGACUUUUCGUGGCGCCGCCAGCUGCUGGUGACUGGUGGGGAGGACCGACUGGUGCGCCUGUGGAACCCCGUGGUGACCGCCCGCCCGGUGGCCACACUCACCGGUCACUACAGCCGCAUUGUAGACGUGGCCAUGCACGAGUUUCAGGCGGCAGUGAUCAGCGUGGACAUGGACGCCGUGGUGAACGUCUGGGACGCUGACGAGCACGUGCUGCUGCAGUCGAUCCUGCUGGCCUGGCCGCCCGAGCGCCGCCUGCUCCAGGCAGAGUUCGGCACGCGCUCCAUCGUCACCAGCACGCCGCACCACCGCUCCGUGCUGGUGCUCUCCAGUGACGUGGUGAACCAGCUGCUGGUGCGGCAGCCCUGCCGACGUCGCCCUCCUGACGGACCCGGCGCCAGCCGUCAGCAGGAGCGGCCCGGCUCUCGUCUAUCGGCCGCCUCCGGGGACCCACGCAGCCGGCGCGCCAGUCGGCGAUCCUCGGCGGCUGUUCCGAGACGCUCUGCCGCCGCCGCCGCCGCUGAGACCGCCGUCAGAGCAGUAGGGGCACUGAAGAGCCCCCGACCGUCGUCACCACCGUCACCACAACCAGCACCACCGUCACCACAGGCCAGUUCCAGCCCGGAGGAGCAGGAGAGGAGCGAACAGGAGGAUCGCGCGGCCAUCGAGAGCUACCUCCGCGCCAUGGCCGAGGCAGAACCGACCUACUUCGAGGUGAGCAUACCGGCGAUUCCGCGGCCGGCUCGCAACAGCCUGGUGACAAACCGACUGCUGGGGCGGCAGCAGGACGCCACGCAGCUGGUGCGCGACUGCACGCCGUUCAAGGCGCUGCGGCUGCACCCGCUGGCGCCGCUGCCACAGCCCGCCGGACUGAUCGUGUCAACGCGUAUGCGCCGCCUCGGUCUGCUGUGUAACUCGCUGGAGGAGGUGCUGGAGAUGAAGCUGCCGACGGGGCGGCCCGGCGCGAGCGUCAGCGGUAGCGGUAGUGGAGCACACUCCAAGUCCUCGAGCCUGUCUUCGUCAGUGUUGACGUUACAGAGACAGAAACAGCGCCGUCGGGACAUUAGCCGCGCCAGUCUGUCGGGAGUUAGUGAGGGCUCCUCGCUGACGGUCGGCUCCAUCCACUCCUCCUAGACAGUGAGAGAGAAGGAGAGAGAGAGCGAGAGAGAGAGAGAGAGAGAGAGAGAGAGAGAGAGAGGGAGAGGGAAAGAGAGAGAGAGAGAGAGGGAGAUAGAGAGAGAGAGAGGGAGAGGGAGAGAGAGGGAGAUAGAGAGAGAAAGGGAGAGCUGACUUGUACUCUUAUUUCUAGACGGCAGACGAGUUUCACCAACUUGGUAGCGAUGAAUACCAAUCGACAGAAAAUUGCUUCUGGGAUUCGAAUGUAUUAUUUUGUGUAGUCAAGAAAUGGAUAAAUGUGAGCGUGUCAGUGGACUGCCCACACCGAACAUGCAUUUUGUGCUGUCGACACCUGAUGUCUGGUUGUGGUGUCGAUAUGUGACCGAUAUACAUUGUCGCCUGUCUGGGCAAUAUCAGCAGGCAGGGGAGGGCAAGUUUUGCGCCGUGUGACCACGCACUGGGGAUAUUUGGUCAGAAUUUGUAGAAAAUACACAUGUGGCACGCCUCAAGGCUCACUAUAUUUGCAUUUGUUCUUGUGGUUACCUAUGAGCUGCAUCCUUUUAUCAACCGUAGGCUAAGCUGCUAUAUUUCCAUGAAUAUGACUGCAUAAGAGUACAUGUUAUUAUAUGAAUCACGAGUCAGAAGAAGAUACGUGUGCAAACGGCGCAGCCCUACGCACGCGCCGUUAUCAAUGUGAAUGACAACUGCAGUUGAAAGGCCAGCAGCUUAGGCAUCCAGACAAUGGGUAUGAUUCGUUACAUUUUAUCUUACUUAAUAAAUUACAAGUUGUCUGCGUGUCCGUCA